AUGAUGAUGAGAGAAGGCAACGAUAUCAAAGACUGUGGAAAUAAAGAGAAACUGAGUGAAAUCGUAGGCACCAGACAAAUUAGGAGAGAAAAGAGACGUUUAGGGGCAACUUUGAACUCCCUCCUGGGGCCAAGAGUUUUGGUUUAUGUCAGCUGUGCGCUUUCUAUAUGGGGAGACCGAAUGUGGCACUUUGCUCUGUCUGUGUUCCUGAUAGAGUUAUAUGGACGCAACCUUCUUCUGACAGCGGUUUUUGGCUUAGCGGUGGCUGGCUCAGUGUUGGUGUUUGGCGUUUUAAUUGGAGAUUGGAUUGACAGAAAACCAAGAAACAAAGUGGCUCAUGCAUCCCUGUUCCUUCAGAACUCUUCUGUCACUGCCUGCUGUGUGGUCCUAAUGUUGGUGUUCUCCUACAAAAGCGAGAUUGAAGGCAUCUGGCAGGGCUGGCUCAUGGUGGCCUGCUAUGUGGCAGUGAUUAUCCUAGCAGAUCUGGCCAACCUGGCCAGCACAGCCCUGACUAUCACCAUUCAGAGAGACUGGAUCGUGGUCAUCACUGGAGACAACAGAAGCCAGCUCGCUGGCAUGAAUGCAAUGAUUCGAAGAAUGGACCAAAUCAUCAACAUCUUUGCCCCCCUCUCUGUGGGACAGGUGAUGGCAUGGGCAUCUAAUGUCAUUGGUUGUGGCUUCAUCCUGGGAUGGAAUUUGGUGUCUCUGCUGGUUGAGUUCCUCUUCCUGUCUAAAGUUUACCAGCUAGUUCCUCAGCUGGCUGCCAAACCCCGGAGAAAGAUGCAAAGACUAGUCCGGACGUGCUGUGAUGGCUGGAAGACAUAUUGCAGGCAAACUGUCUUCUUGGCAGGUUUGGGUUUAGCCUUCUUGUACACGACUGUGCUGGGCUUUGACUGUAUCACCACAGGCUAUGCCUACACACAGGGGAUCGGAGGCUCCCUUCUCAGCCUCCUUAUGGCCAUCUCAGCCUUCUCAGGUUUUGUGGGCACAAUCCUCUUUACCAGGUUAAGAAGGUCCUAUGGCUUAGUUCACACGGGCCUCAUCUCCAGCUGUCUCCACAUAGGCUGUUUGCUGCUCUGUGUGUUUUCUGUCUUUGCCCCAGGGAGUCCUUUUGAUUUGGGGAUUUUCUCUCUUCCACUAAGCCGGAACUCUUCCCUAAGUCAUGAGCCUAUCCUUCCUGGCCGCUCAACCAUCCACUGGACCAAUAAUACUGUUCUGAUGGAUGGCACACAAGAGAGCAACCAGCCUGAAUCAUAUGUCUCCAUCAUCCUGCUCUUCUCAGGAGUGAUCUUGGCCAGAAUCGGUCUCUGGUCCUUUGACCUCACUGUGACUCAGCUCCUUCAGGAAAACAUUGCAGAUUCAGAACGUGGCACUGUGAAUGGUGUGCAGUGCUCUAUGAACUACCUAAUGGACCUUAUCCAUUUUAUCCUUGUAAUCCUGGCCCCAGCCCCUCAACAAUUUGGGCUGUUGGUGUUCAUUUCUAUCAUCUUUGUGAUUAUGGGGCACGCCAUGUAUUUUGUUUAUGCUCGCAGAUACAGGAAUCAACAUCCACGUACCCAGAAAACACCAAAGAGAGACAGGGAAGCCUUUUUAACUUGA